CCGGGCUAGUUUGUAGUUUUACAUGUUUGCACCAAACUAUCGAAGCUGUCAUUGAACGCUCCCAGCUGACAGAAGAACCAUGGCUGACAGCCGAGAAGAGGAGAAACACGAAGGAGAGCAGGAGCCUCAGGGUGCCGCGGGCGGGGAAGAUGUGGUUGACGAUGCCAUCCUGGAGCAGGGAGCGGUGGUCCUCAGAGGGUAUGUGAUCCAGCGUAUACAUUCGUCAGACCCCGAUCGACUAGUCUCCUCUGAAGAUCUGGGAGGACUGCCGGAUGAACAACAGGAUCCACAGAUCAAAGAAGUGGUGAAUCAGCUGCUCAAGAUCGCGGACGAGAUGAACCGGAACGCUGAGCUCCAGCGACUCAUCAACCAGGUUCCAGGUAACUGUGCUCAGGACAUCUUCAUGAAGGUGGCCCGGAGCAUCUUUGUCGACGGCAUCAACUGGGGUCGAGUGGUGGCUCUCUUCCACCUGGCCUACAAACUCAUACACAGGGCACUGACCACCAACCAUCUAGAAAACAUCAGACUUGUUAUAAACUGGGUUCUCCAGUUCAUCAGAGAACAGCUUCACUCCUGGCUGGUCCAGCAGGGAGGCUGGCAAGGGGUGAUCCGCGGCAUUUCUCAGUGGAGGACAGUAGCCGUAGUAGCAUCAUUAGUAUUGGUAGCAACCUUUGUUUACUACAGGAAGACACGCUGAGAGAAUCAGACCUCACUGCAGACCAUGCCAUACACGAUAAACAUGCCAUAUUCCUUUUAUUAAUAAAGACAUUUCCUGGACAAUGAAUUACAACCACUCCUCAGCCUCCAGUUCAUAAACCAGCAGUGGCCAAGCACUGUACUAUGAGGGACCACACCUCCUCUCUUCUCAGGUUUCCCAAAACAAAAAAAAUGCAUGUAGAAGGAGCUUCUCUGUCCACCUUCACCAGCAACUACUCUACACCUUCCAUGGAAUUACAAGAGCUUCUGCAGCAGCCCCACCCAGUAUUUAUGAUUACUGGAUGUAGCUGUAGACCUGAACUUCAACCAGACCCCAGCUCCAGUCUAUAUAGUCUACAUCAGCUCUGAUUGGGGCUCCAAUUUAAAUUUCAUCAGGUCAGCAAAAUUUGGAUCGUACCCGAGGAGACGUGAAGAAGAGUCUGAUGACAUCAGUGGCAUAUACUGCAUCGUAAGUCAGCCAAUCCAAAGCACUGACCCACUGAGCACUGUGCUGUAGCUUCAUCAUGUUAGCUUGUUAGCUUGUUCCUGCACCUUUAAGAUUUUUUUGUUUGUUUUUUUAAGAGGCAGCCAUGGUGAUUUUUGAGUUUUCAGUUCAUAGGGUUCAAAUUUUAAAAUUAGAGCUGGAUAAUGAAACAAAAUGAAGCACUCUACACCAUUCUGAAACAAACUAGACGUGGCUUGUGUCAAACUGAGUGUAAACUACAUUUUUUGGACUGUUUUUAUGAAUGGUCCAUGUCCAGUAGAUAAUCUCAAUUAUUUAUCUCAACAGAAUUCAGUAGAGUUUCGAGGAUGUCCUGGUUUAAGAAGUGUAUAAAUUCCCACUUUAAGGUUUUAUUUUAAUGCUAUGGCUAAUUCAAUGAUUAAAUGUGUUUGUCAGUUAGCAGUGAGCCUCAGUCUCUUGUUAAGAAGUAAGUCAGAUAUGCUAAUUCAGAACGCCUCGUUGUUGCGACAAACAUUGCACCACAGUGCCAAAUUCACUGGAAAUUCACCCAAAAUCUAAACUUUAAACAGCUUAAUGUCAAUGUCAAAUGUCAAAUAUCAGCUUUCUUUAAAGUCUUAAAAUUCAGCUUGUGAAUGAGUAUAAGCUUGGUUGUUGGGUGUUUCUGACUGAACUAUUUCUUUAGAUGUUUUAAACUCCCCUCCUACAAUAUUCAGGUGUCCAUAUGAACACUGACACAUGUUUUGCUUGGUGUUGAUAUUUGAGAAAGUUUAAAUUUAUCCCCCAACCUCCCAACUCCAUAGGUGUAGUGAAAUCUCCUAUUUUAGAGUGAAAUAUUCACAGAUUUCACAGAUUGUCAGUCUAUUAACUGAUUAACUCGUGUAUGUAUAACCAUCACUGUACUGUGAAAACAUCUGAAUGGUAAACUGUCUCAAGUACCUAGCUCAUAAUAUUGUAUGCUUAAUCAACAAAAGGGCAUAAGUCAGCUGUUUGUGUCCCCAUUAAUGAAAUGUAAAGGUGUUUUUAAUGCUGUAGUAUGGACAGGAGAAACACUGAGGUAUCAUUCACAAAGUGUACAGCAGUGUUAAGCUCAUUUCUGUUGCCUCUGUCAAUUUUGACCCAGGAAGACAACCGUACAACAGAGGCAAAGGCAACAGAACAAACAUUAACCUGCUUCUAGCAAAUGUAGUCACCUAACAGUAGACAGCAAUUUGGAUAAUCACACUCCUUUUUGUUGUUUGGCAACUGAAAG